UGAAUAGCUUCAUGGAAAAUUACCAUCAAAACAAAUAAUAUACAAUUUCGUCCUUGUUCUUUUCCACAUUUUCAAACCAACUUAGGGUGGAUAAUUCUCCCAUGACAACACCUUCUGCUACCCAGUUAAUAUAUACAAUGCUCAUAAAACAGAACAGAAUUAAAAACAAUAAACAGAAAGUCAAGUUGGUUGUAUCAACUCUUGGUGGAACCAAAGCACCUGGCAAAAUUCUCUUCCCUAAUGUUGGUUUGAAAACGUAGAAGAAAACACCAACAAAUUGUACAAGAAAACAUUUUUAUCAGAAGCUUCAGUUUAAGCACAUACAGCAGCAACAUACAGCACCAGCAUUUCCCAUUCCCAUUUUUCAUCAUUUCCUUCGAUGGAGAGUAUGAAGAUCGCACUCUUGUUGAUGGGUAUUUUGUUAAAUGCUACAACUCUAAGUGGAGUGGAACUUCUUGCUCAUGACUACUACAAGGAGAAGUGUCCCAUAGCCGAAAACAUCGUGAGACAUAACGUGGAGGUGGCACUUUUGAAAGAUCCUCGUUUGGCAGCUUCUCUACUUCGCUUACACUUCCAUGAUUGCUUUGUCAUGGGUUGUGAUGCAUCGGUGCUUCUGGACAGCGUGGAGGGCAUGACAAGCGAAAAACUGGCAGGGCCAAAUGUGAACUCUUUACGUGGGUUUGAGUUGAUAGACAACAUAAAGUAUUUGCUGGAAGAGGAAUGUCCCAUCACUGUUUCAUGUGCAGACAUCCUUGCCAUGGCUGCACGUGAUGCAGUUCAACUGAGAGGAGGACCAAGAUGGGAGGUGUUGCUAGGGAGAAAGGAUUCUCUGGAGUCAAGUUUCACUGGAGCUAACCUUUUCAUUCCUGCUCCAAAUUCUUCUCUAGAGGUUCUCAUAGAUAACUUCAAGCAACAAGGCCUUGACACAGAAGACUUGGUAACUCUAUCAGGUGAACAAAAACCAGGUAGCCAUACUAUAGGAAGAGCAAGAUGUUUAAACUUCAGGCAGAGGAUAUAUGAAGAAGAAGAUGAAUAUCACCAUGGCAAUGAUCGGUACAAACGGUACACAACCUUCAGGAGAAUCCUGCGGUCUAUUUGCCCUGUUGAGGGAAGGGACAACAAAUUUGCACCCCUUGAUUUGCAGACCCCAAAAAGGUUUGACAACCAGUAUUUUAUAAACAUUCUUGGAGGGAAUGGAUUGUUAGGUUCUGAUAAUGUUCUUAUCAGCCAGGAUUUGGAUGGACAGAUUACAGAGCAUGUGUGGGCUUAUGCAUCCAAUGAAAAACUUUUCUUUGCUUCAUUUGCUAAAUCUAUGAUUAAGAUGGGAAAUAUCAAUGUUCUUACAGGUGAUGAAGGAGAAAUUAGGAGGAAUUGUAGAUUUGUCAAUGCCUAGUAGUAAUGUAUACUUGCUUAUGAUCUGUUAUA